CGAGUUCAAUCGCUGCCCGCUCUCCACUCCUCCGGUCCUUCCGCCGGCGGGCACGCGCCGGGCGAAAUGGAAGCGGCACCAUCCCUCCGCACCUUCUCCCCCUCAUCGUUCUUCUCCGCGGGGCCUAGACACUGCCUUCUGCUCGCGGGCCCGGCCUCGCGGCGCGCCCGGGCGCUCCCGGCGCCGCCCCUGCCCCGCGCCGUCGCCUCCACCCGCGCGCCGCUGGUGGUCUCCAGCCCGCCACCGCCCGCGGCCUCGGGGACGACCGCACCCGCGCACGCCAAGGUUGACCGCUCCGGCCGCUUCUGCAGCCCUCGCGCCGCCCGGGAGCUAGCGCUGAUGAUUUCCUACGCCGCGUGUCUGGAGGGAACCGACGUCGUUCGGCUCUUCGACCGCAGGAUCAGCGCAAGACGAGAGCCCGGGUUUGUUUUCGACAAGGCAUGCCUACUGAGUUACAACCAUAUGAGCUUUGGCGGGGGACCGCUCGAGGUUGGAACGGAGGAGGAGGCUGAGAAGCUGACCAGUCAGAACGAGAAGGAUUCAGCCAACGAAGCAGAUGUACUUUCAGCUCCUCCAAAACUGGUUUACAACAACUUUGUCUUACGGUUGUCCAGGGAACUUUUAGUGGCUGUUGCCAGUGGAUGGGAUAAGCAUGUAGAGAUCAUCGACAAAAUAAUCCCCCAAGCUUGGAAGGAUGAGCCUGUGGCAAGGAUACUCGAGCUCUGCAUUCUACAUAUUGCUAUGGCAGAGAUGACAUCAAAAGGAACACCUCACAAAGUUGUGAUUAAUGAGGCAGUAGAUUUGGCAAAGCGAUUUUGUGAUGGUGGUGCCCCUCGGGUAAUCAAUGGAUGCCUUCGAACAUUUGUAAAGGAUCAUGUUGACGUUGCAGGCACUAGCCAGGGAGCUGAAUCAAAAUUGUGAACCUUUGCAAAUACCCUGAAUCGUACAACAGAAUGGUGGCUGAAGUAAAGAACUAUGUAGAAAACAUAGCUGUCUUGGAGUUCCAGCAACCACAUUCCAUCAUGAAGAUUUAGCGUUUAACCUAAGGGAACCUAAACAACAAACAUGCUGGGCUCAUCAAGGAGCCACAGAUAGUUCAUUCUUUCAGAGUGAUCGGUUAUUGGGUGAAGUAUACAGGGCUGUAAACUGGUGGUGCACAUCCAUCCUCCAUCUGAAACAACUGAGGGUUAUCGCUUCUGAUAACCCACAGAUCGUUAAAUGAUCAGAUAAAGAUCACAAGUUCUGUAAAAGCUUGAUGUAUAUGUAAAAUGUUCUGCUUAUCAUAGGCUUAUUGCACUGGGAGCUGGAUAAUUCUAGUUUAAUAAAUUAAUGCGAGACUAUACACUCGUUUUAGUAUUAUU